AUGUUCGACACCUUCCCGGCCGAAGAUGCCAGGACAUGGACGGCUGAUCACACCCCUCAUGUCUGGCUAAUUUCGGCUUGCUAUCUCGGCUUCGUACUUACGGCACCUGGAAAAGUCGUUAUGAAGCAUGGCUUAUUGCCACAGUGGUACUACUAUAAUGGCUUAAUACAAUUGUGCCUACUGGUGGCAUUUGUUCCGCAGGUUGUUCUUUCAUUGACGGCGGGAUGGAGGGAUUCUGUAUGCUGUAAUCAUUCACUUUACAAUGGUAGGCUAUGA